CAAAAAAAGAGAGCCCACUAAGCAAUCACAGAGAGAGAGAGAGAGAGAGAGAGAGUUUGAAUUAUGAAAAGUAACAGGAAGGAGGGCCAGAGAGCAGUAGAAUAGGGUGGCAUUGGUCGUUUUGUUGGAGGUCCAUUUGCCACACACGGAGAAAAAUCUCCGCACCAUCGUCGAGAGCUGCUGAGAGCUGAAGGCUAGAGGGUGGAGGUGCGUCGUCAGCCGUCUGACGGAAAUUUAUUAUAUCGGUUCGAAUCACAAUGCCGGGGCCUAACAAAAACUUUUCUUUGAUUUUACGGGCCUAGCAUAUAACCAGCCCACCGUAGUUUUUUUUGUUUUUUUUUGCCACAAGUCCUUCUCAAAGUUCGAUUCUUAUUAAAUACAAAUUAAAAUCGUAUUAUUAUUAACUCAUUGUAAAACUUAACUCAUCUUAAUUCCUCAUUGUAAAUAAUAUUGUUUGUAAAAAAAAAAAAAAAAAAUACUGAACAACACAAUUUAAAAAUAAACCAAUCCGUACACAAAUUAUGUCAAAAACAUUUAUAAAAUAUUAUGCAAGACACCAAGUUGUAUGCAUUUUUAUUUUUUCUAAUAAAAAUCACUAUCGUUUGACUUUUUAUUUAUUUAAUACAACGAUAUAUUUACAUUGGUGUAUCAUAUCUGAUAAUAUUUAUUGUAUAUAAUUAACAUCCAAUAAGAUAAAUUCAUUAAUUAAUGUGACAUAGGCAUUCAUGAAAAUCCUAAAACCCAAAUCCUUGUUAUACAUUCACGAAAACCCUACCUGUAAAUCGCCAAAAUUUCUCCCUGCACCCUUUCAACGAGAAUAAGAACCACCAACUCUCUUGCACCGCCGCCAUCUCUUUGAAACAGUCGAAACAUGGAUUUGUGAAAUCAAAGUAAAAAAGCAAUGUCAAUCAAUUGCUUUCCCGAAGAAAUCGUAGCAGAUAUCUUGGUGAGGUUGCCCUUCAAGUCUGUAAUCAAAGUUAGAAGAGUGUGCAAGACGUGGAACUCUGUGAUCAAAAGUUGCACCUUCAUUGACACCUAUCUCAGGCGGUCCUUAUUGAUACAAUCCGAACACGAAAACAACAGCGAUGGUCGACACCAUCUUCUUCUACGAAAGAAGAAUGGAUGGUAUGGUAAUAGUUACUACUCGUAUUAUGGUAAUAUCCUUAGUUCUCCAUCUGGUUACACCGAGCUUAUCAAACCAGCAAUUCCAGACGUAAUAAAACGUUGUUUUAGUCACCUGUCAAUGGUCGGAACUUGUAACGGGAUUAUAUGCCUUGCUCAUGACGGACUGUUGCAGGACGAAGAUGCCCCCACGAUCAUUUGGAACCCUUCAGUCAGAAAGUAUGUGAUUUUGCCUAGCCCUAGUAUUAAGAAGAACAACUUUAAGGAUACACAAACCUAUUUCUUUGGCUAUGAUUCACUGACCAAUGACUACAAGGUCUUGAGAAUUGUUACUGUGAGGAAUUCUUUGUUGGGGGUUGAGGUUUACUCCUUGGCCAAGGGAUGUUGGACAAGUCUUAGCACUGCUGCAACUGCUGUUUUUCCUGCUUAUUUGUGCUCAGGGUUCUUGAGGAAAUCGAAAGAUGCAUUUUUUAACGGUGCUAUGCAUUGGGUUCUACCCCGUGACAGAAAUUCCAAUGAACAUGUCAUUGUGUCGUUUGAUUUCGGCACUGAACUCUUCCACGAGAUCGCGAUGCCUGAAGGUUUUAGAAAAACAGGUUGCCCUUGUUACAUUUUAAGAUAUGGAGAGUCUCUUGCCUUGGUUCAGAUUGACAACGGAGGAGAACAUUUUGUCUAUGCGCUUCAUUUAUGGGUCAUGAAAGCAUAUGUUGAAGUGAAAUCGUGGACUAAACUAGAUAACAAUAAUGUACUCUUCAAAGGAUAUCGUCCUACUACCCCUCUUGGUUUCAAUGGCUCUGAUGAACUGGUGAUGAAAAUAUUGGUGGGUGGCGAUAGGCGGGCAAUAGUGGUGGAUUUCAAGACCGGAAAUAAAAAUGCUGCAACUGCUCUAGAUGGCUACUCAUCAAUGAAUCCUUUCGUAGAGAGUCUCAUCUUACUUAGCCAGCCCAAUGCUGUUUCCUACUAA